CGAUCUUCCAUCUACAGUCUACAAUUUACCCAGAUUUUUACUUGGGUCUUUUGUAGUUAUAAUACGUGAUUUAAUUAUAAAAUUUUUGUUGUUACCAAAGCGCGUUAUUUAACUAAGUUAUUACUGUUAUUAGCUUACGGAUCAUCCAGAUUUUAUUGAAUUAUUGAAUUUGCAAUGGACGACCACCACGUUUAUGAUACAAACUUCACCGAAGAGAUUAAUAAUAAGAUGCAAGUGCCAAAGAGCAUUCGGGUGAAUGGAGAUGUUUCUAAUUUUCGUUCGACAAACUACUACUCUGACGAUAACAGCCGAUUUGGUGACAAUUUUGAUAUGAGGGUUCCAGAAAAAAUUAUUCUUAUAGGUAAUAAUCAGCAUCAAGGAUCUUCAUCAAAACCAAGAGAAUUCGCCAUUGAUGAUUUGAUCAUUCCUCAGCCACCAGCUGAAGAAUUUAUUCGUGUUCAGACUCCACCACAAAAAAUCACCAUGUCAAGACAUUAUUUUCCUUCUGUGUUAGAUGACUUUGAACAGAAAUCAACAUCUAUUGAACAAAGCGAAGAAUCGAUUCCGAACAAUACUGAACCAGUGAUUAAUGCGGUGCAAAUUAACCCCAAUAUGAGCUUCUUCAAUGCAAGCAUUAGUGAACCAAUGACAAUAUCCGAAGAAUUAGCUCACUUGCGCCAACAGAUGGGUCGUGUGUCACGUCGAGUUAUUGAAUUAGAACAUACAGCUUCUCUGCCUUUUUAUGUCAGAGAGAAAAAGUUAAUUGUCACAUUUGUAUGCAGUUAUGUGGUUUUUAAAUUUGCAUCAUGGUUAACCAGACGUUAGAAGCAUUUAAUUUAUUGCAUGUGUUCCAAUUUCCUUUAAUGCCACAUUGAUACUAUACAUAAUUUUAUUGUUAUAUAAUUUAUUACUACAACACUACUACGCUACCAAAAAAUAAUAAUGAAUCUUAAAUUCACAGUUACUUCAAAAAAAAUUUUUGUCGAUUUGCUACUUACAAAAUUUUGUAAAUGUUUUUAAACAACUUAAUACAAUGCAUUAAAAUUUGUAUAACAUACAGAAAUUGAAAAAAAUACCAAAAUUGAAUGUUUAAAAUUCAAACAAUAGUUAUAUUUUACUUUUUUUUUUAAUUUGUUGUAUCGAUUUUUUAAAUUAAUUAUUUACUCAUACUUUACAUGUUAUAUUAUAUUAUUGUAUUACAAUAUUACAUGUAUAAUAUGUUUGUUUAUGUAUGAAAAAUCAUCACAACAAUUUAAAAUUAAUAUGUACUAUAGUAAUAAUAUUUAUGGUAUAAGUUAGUUUAGAUUUGCUGAUUUGUACAUUUUAAAGACAAGACUGCAUCGUUAUUGAGUAGUUUUUAGGGAAGUGUGAUGUAUGACUAACCUUGUUUUGUUAAAUUAUAAUACGAUGUUGUCUGAACAAACUUUAUUAUCUCAUAUUAACAAUGUAUUGAAAAAUAAAAAUAAUAAAAAUACCAAAAUCAAGUUA